GGCCUGCGGCGCCGGCGCGCACACGGGGCCGCCGGGAGCGCGCGCGCGCGCGCGCGGGGCCGCGCCUUCCGUCGGCUGGGCGAGCUCGGGCAGCCGCGCGCGGUCUCUCCGCAGAGCCCCGAGCCGUGCCCACUUGCAAGCUGUGCCCGUGUGACCUCGCGCUCCGGGAUCGCUCUCGGCGCUGAUCAGACGUCGUGCCAGCCAUCGAACAGCGGUUGGCCACAUGCAAGAUCCGGAAAGUAUGGCUACGGCCAUCAGAGAGGUGGGAGUGUGGAGACAGACCAGAACCCUCCUGCUGAAGAACUACCUGAUUAAAUGCAGGACUAAGAAAAGCAGCGUUCAGGAAAUUCUCUUUCCACUAUUUUUUUUAUUUUGGCUAAUACUAAUUAGCAUGAUGCAUCCAAAUGAGAAAUACGAAGAAGUGCCUGACACAGAACUCAACCCUCUGGACAAAUCUCUCCUCUCGAGCCUCAUCCUCGGAUAUACUCCAGUGACGAACAUCACGAGGGACAUCAUGCAGACGCUCUCCACUGAGCACCUUCCUGACGUUAUAGUUACUAAAGAAUAUGCAAAUGAAAGAGAACUGGUAGCGUCCAGUCUUUCUGAGCCCACCAAAUUUGCCGGGGUGGUCUUCAGAGAUUCGAUGUCCUACGAACUUCGUUUUUUCCCUGAAUUGAUUCCUGUAUCCUCCAUUUAUACGGAUUCAAGAGCCGGCUGUUCAAAAUCAUGUGAGGCUGCUCUGUUCUGGUCCUCAGGGUUCACAGUCUUACAAGCAUCAAUAGAUGCUGCCAUCAUCCAGUUGAAGACCAAUAUCUCUCUUUGGAAGGAGCUGGAGUCAACUAAAGCUAUUAUUAUGGGAGAAACCGCUGUUGUAGAAAUAGAUACCUUUCCCCGAGGAGUGAUUUUAAUAUACCUCGUGAUAGCAUUUUCACCUUUUGGAUAUUUCUUGGCAAUUCAUAUUGUAGCAGAGAAAGAGAAAAAAAUAAAAGAGUUUUUAAAGAUAAUGGGACUUCAUGAUACUGCCUUUUGGCUUUCCUGGGUUCUUCUGUAUACAAGUUUGAUUUUUCUUAUGUCCCUUCUUAUGGCAGUCAUUGCAACAGCCUCUUCGUUAUUCCCACAAAGUAGCUGCAUUGUGGUAUUUCUACUUUUUUUCCUGUAUGGAUUAUCAUCUGUAUUUUUUGCUUUAAUGCUGACACCUCUUUUUAAAAAAUCAAAGCAUGUGGGAAUAGUUGAAUUUUUAGUCACUGUGGCUUUUGGAUUUGUUGGCCUGCUAAUAGUCCUCAUGGAAAAUUUCCCGAAAUCAUUAGUGUGGCUCUUCAGCCCCUUUUGUCAGUGUACUUUUCUGAUUGGCAUUGCUCAGGUCAUGCAUUUAGAAGAUUUUAAUGAAGGCGCUUUAUUUUCUAAUUUGGCGGACGGCCCAUACCCUCUAAUUAUUACUCUGAUUAUGCUAACACUUAAUAGUAUAUUUUAUGUGCUAUUGGCUGUCUAUCUUGAUCAAGUCAUUCCAGGGGAGUUUGGCUUACGGAGAUCAUCUUUAUAUUUUCUGAAACCAUCGUAUUGGUCCAAGAGCAAGAGAAAUUAUAAGGAGUUAUCAGAGGGCAAUAUUAAUGGGAAUAUUAGUUUCAGUGAAAUUGUUGAACCUAUUUCUUCAGAAUUUAUCGGAAAAGAAGCAAUAAGAAUCAAUGGCAUUCAGAAGACGUACAGAAAGAAAGGUGAAAACGUGGAGGCUUUGAGAAGUUUGUCAUUUGACAUCUAUGAGGGUCAGAUAACUGCGUUACUUGGCCACAGUGGAACAGGAAAGAGUACAUUGAUGAAUAUUCUUUGUGGAUUGUGUCCACCUUCUGAUGGGUUUGCAUCUAUAUAUGGACAUAGAGUCUCAGAAAUAGAUGAAAUGUUUGAAGCAAGAAAAAUGAUUGGCAUUUGUCCGCAGUUAGAUAUCCAUUUUGACGUUCUGACGGUAGAAGAAAAUUUAUCUAUUUUGGCUUCAAUCAAAGGAAUACCAGCUAAUAAUGUAAUACAAGAAGUGCAAAAGGUUUUACUGGAUUUAGACAUGCAAGCUAUCAAAGAUAAUCAAGCCAAAAAAUUAAGUGGUGGUCAGAAAAGAAAACUGUCUUUAGGAAUUGCUGUUCUUGGGAAUCCAAAGAUACUCUUGCUAGAUGAACCAACGGCUGGAAUGGACCCCUGUUCUCGGCAUAUUGUCUGGAAUCUUCUAAAAUACAGAAAAGCAAAUCGGGUGACCGUGUUUAGUACUCAUUUCAUGGAUGAAGCUGACAUUCUUGCUGAUAGAAAAGCUGUCAUAUCACAGGGAAUGUUGAAAUGUGUUGGUUCUUCAAUUUUUCUCAAGAGUAAAUGGGGGAUUGGCUACCGCCUGAGCAUGCACGUUGACAAAUAUUGUGCCACCGAAUCUCUUUCUUCUCUGGUUAAACAACACAUACCCGGAGCUACUUUACUGCAGCAGAAUGACCAGCAGAUUAUAUAUAGCUUACCUUUCAGGGACAUGGACAAAUUUUCAGGUUUGUUUUCUGCUCUGGAUGCGCAUUCAAAUUUGGGUGUUAUCUCCUACGGUGUUUCAAUGACGACUUUGGAAGAUGUGUUCUUAAAGCUAGAAGUUGAAGCAGAAAUUGACCAAGCAGACUACAGCAUAUUUACUCAGAAGCCGCCCGAGGAAGAGAUGGAUUCCAAAUCUUUUGAUGAAAUGGAGCAGAGCUUCCUCAUUCUCUCGGAAACCAAGGCUGCCCGAGUGAGCACCAUGCGCCUGUGGAAGCAGCAGAUGUUGACGAUGGCCAAGUUUCACCUGCUCUCCCUGAAACGGGAAAGCAAAUCAGUGAGAUCAGUGUUGCUUCUGCUUUUAAUAUUUUUUGCAGUUCAGAUUUUUAUGUUUUUGGUGCAUCACUCUUUUAAAAAUGCUGUGGUUCCCCUCAAACUUGCUCCGGACUUAUAUUUUCUAAAACCUGAAGAGAAGCCUCAUAAAUACAGAACAAGUCUGCUUCUUCAAAACUCUACUGACUCAGAUAUCAAUGAUCUUAUUAGCUUUCUGACAGACCAGAACAUAAUGGUCACGAUGUUUAACGACAGUGACUACGUUUCCGCCUCUCCGCAUAGUGCCGCGUUAAACGUGAUGCAUUCAGAGCCGGAAUAUACUUUUACCGUUGCUUUCAACAGUACCAUGGUAUAUUCUUUGCCAGUAUUGAUGAAUCUUAUUAGUAACUACUAUCUUUAUCGUGCAAAUAUAACGGAACGCAUUCAAAUUUGGAAUACCCCAUUCUUCCAGGAAAUCACAGACAUCGUGUUUCGAAUUGAGCUGUACUUUCAAGCAGCUUUACUUGGAAUCAUUGUUACUGCUAUGCCACCAUACUUUGCCAUGGAAAAUGCAGAGAAUCAUAAGAUAAAAGCCUAUACUCAACUAAAACUUUCAGGUCUUUUACCAUCUGCAUAUUGGAUUGGACAAGCUAUUGUCGAUAUUCCUUUAUUUUUCCUUGUUCUUAUUUUGAUGCUAGCAAGUUUAUUUGCAUUUCAUUAUGGAUUAUAUUUUUAUGCUCCAGAUUCCCUUUCUGUGGUGUUUUGCUUAAUUGGUUAUGUUCCCUCAGUUAUUUUGUUUACAUAUAUUGCUUCCUUCUCUUUUAAAAAAAUUUUAAAUACCAAAGAAUUUUGGUCAUUCAUCUAUUCUGUGUUAGCACUGGCUUGCAUUGCAGUCACAGAAAUAACUUUCUUUAUGGACCACACGGCUACAACUGUUCUUCAUGCUACCUUUUGCAUAUUCAUUCCGAUCUAUCCGCUUCUGGGCUGUCUGAUUUCUUUCAUAAAGAUUUCUUGGGAGAAUAUUCAAAGAACUGAGGACCCCAGUAAGGCUUGGGCCAGAAUUGUUGUGGCAGUUAUAACGCCUUAUAUACAGUGUGUGCUAUGGAUUUUCAUUUUACAAUACUAUGAGAAAAAAUAUGGAGGCAGAUUAAUAAGAAAGGAUCCCUUUUUCAGGGCCCUGUCAACAAAACCCAAAACUAGGAAGUUUCCAGACCCUCCAAUCAAUGAAGAUGAGGAUGAAGAUGUCAAAGCAGAAAGACUGAAGGUGAAGGAGCUGAUGAGUUGCCAGUGCUGUGAAGAGAAACCUGCCAUUAUGGUCAACAAUUUGCAUAAAGAGUUUGAUGACAAGAAAGAUUUUCUUACAAGAAAAGUGAAGAAAGUGGCUACUAAAUACGUCUCUUUCUGUGUGAAAAAAGGAGAGAUCUUGGGGCUCUUGGGUCCAAACGGUGCGGGCAAAAGCACAAUGAUCAACAUUCUGGUGGGUGAUAUCCAACCAACCUCAGGCCAGGUGUUUCUAGGAGGUUAUUCUUUAGAUGCCGCUGAUGAAGACGAGCCUACGAAAUGUAUGGGAUACUGUCCGCAGAUCAACCCGCUGUGGCCAGAUCUGACGUUGCAAGAACACUUUGAAAUUUAUGGGGCCGUGAAAGGAAUGAGUGCAAGUGACAUGAAAGAAGUCAUCCCUCGAAUAACAAAUGCACUAGAUCUAAAAGAACAUUCUCAGAAAACGAUAAAGAAACUUCCUGCAGGAAUCAAGCGAAAGCUGUGUUUUGCUCUGAGUAUGCUGGGAAAUCCUCAGGUCACUCUGCUGGACGAACCGUCCACAGGUAUGGAUCCUAAAGCCAAACAGCAUAUGUGGCGAGCCAUUCGAACUGCCUUUAAAAACAAAAAGCGGGCUGCUAUUCUCACCACCCACUACAUGGAAGAGGCAGAGGCGGUGUGUGACCGGGUGGCCAUCAUGGUGGCUGGGCAGUUAAGAUGUAUCGGGACAGUCCAACAUCUGAAAAGUAAAUUUGGGAAAGGCUACUUUUUGGAAAUUAAAUUAAAGGACUGGAUAGAAAACCUCGAAAUAGACCGUCUUCACAGAGAAAUUCAGUAUAUUUUCCCAAAUGCAAGCCGUCAGGAAAGUUUUUCUUCCAUCUUGGCUUAUAAAAUUCCUAAGGAAGACGUUCAGUCCCUGUCACAAUCCUUUGCUAAACUGGAAGAAGCUAAACAUACUUUUGCCAUCGAAGAAUAUAGCUUUUCUCAAGCAACGUUGGAACAGGUUUUCGUGGAACUCACUAAAGAACAGGAGGAAGAAGAUAACAGUUGCGGGACUUUAAACAGUACGCUGUGGUGGCAGAGGACACAGGAAGAUAGAGUAGUAUUCUGAUUUGUAAUGUGGAGUCUGCUUACCGUAUUUCUAUUGUACUGUGGAGUCUGCUUACCGGGUUUAUUUCUUUUUCACUUUACUUGGCUUUGGAAUGUUCAUGAUUUGAAUGGUAACUGGAGAACUACGAAAGCAGAUGAGAUUUUUUUUUCCCCCUAAUUUUUAUCAUUGAAAUGUUGUGGUGUUUCUUUUGCUUUUCUUUCAAUAAAACUUAUGUAUAAUUAAUUGCACACUUCAGGUUCGUAUCUGAAAUGCAUUGAACUGUAGUCUGUAUGCGGAAAUGUGUAUUUACAUUUUCACCUUUCUAAAGCAGCACUUCUGAAAUUUAUGAUUUAAGGAAAUAAUGGUGGAGCAGUUUCAUGUGGAACAGUGACUUUUAUUUUUAAGUCGAGGCCGCAUUUGUUGCAUAGGUACUAUCCCUAUCAGAUACAAAAUUUAAUACAUAAAAAUGCAUAUAAAAACAUAAAAGUUCCUUGUUUCCCUUUGAGUUCUAAAAUAAACUUUCUAUGGAAGUUGACAUUCUAAAAUGCUGAAGCAUAAAUUUUACACAUUCAGUGCAGCUAGAGGUUUGCAGGAAGUUAUACCCAUAGGCGACACCCAUCAAGCAUAAUAAAUGUAUUGGGAUCUCAUUUUAUUAGAUAAAUUAAAACAUGGAUAACUUAGGUACUGAGGAGAAAGGACAAGCCAAUGUCAUCCUACAUCGUUGUGUAAUCACAGUGAGCUUAUGUUUCUUUAGCUUAUAGCAAUCCAGAACUGUCUUCAUUACGAUAAUGAAGGGAAGUUUUUGGCUAGAAUCUUAUUAGAAGCAUUCUCAUUCUUUGCUAUGACCAGAAGGCACAGACAUCUAUAGAACUGGAAGAAUUAAACUGUACCUUUAGACCAUUCAUGGAAAAUAACUUUCAAAAGACGUGAAAUUUUAGUUCAAAAUAAAAUAAUUUUCUUGGUAGUACUCACUCUUUUUUAUUUAUAAACUUUAUUCUUUUAUUUAAUUUUGAUUUUGGGGGUCACAUCUGGAGAUCCUCACUGGUUGCUCCUGGCUCUGCACUCAGGAAUUACUCCUGGUGGUGCUCACAGGACCAUAUGAGAUGCCAGGGAUCGAACCUGGGUCGGCCACGUGCAAGGCAAAAGCCCUACCCACUGUACUAUCACUCCGGCCCCUGUUGGUAAACUUUAGUAUUUCAUAUCCCUAUAGAAUUGUCAGUAUUUCAUUAUUUAGGUUUUUUUAGUGACACCUCAAAUUCACUUUGGAAUGUGGCACGUUAUAAGUGAGGUUUGGCUAAUUGAAGGUUAGCAGUAAACUGUGUAUGGUUUUCUCUGAUGCAAAAAAUCAGAAUUGCACUCUAACAGUUCAAGUAAGGUUAUGGGCAAUAUCAUCUUAGAACCACUUCCUGUAGAACACAUAUAUGGGCUAUAGGCAUGAAAUAGUAUGAAUUAUGCUCGAUGGCAUAUUUCAGUUAGAUAAAAUGAAAAUAUUAACUUUGCAAGUCAGUAUUUUAGGAAUGUGUUUCUUGUAUUCUAGUAGAACAGCAAAGCAAAAGGUCUGGUGCAGAGUCACUCUAAAUCACCACGUCUUUCCAGAAUGUUUGAACUACUUAGCACUGCCCUGUAGCACUGUCCUCCCGUUGUUCAUCGGUUUGCUUGAGUGGGCACCAGUAACGUCUCCAUUGUGAGACUUGUUGUUCCUGUUUUUGGCAUAUCGAAUAUGCCACAGGGAGCCUGCCAGGCUCUGCCAUGCAGGCGGGAUACUCUCGGUAGCUUGCCGGGCUCUCCGAGAGGGAUGGAGGAAUCGAACCUGGGUCAGCCGCAUGCAAGGCAAAUGCCACAUCUGCUGUGCUAUCGCUCCAGUCCAUGAACUUUACCUACUUAACAUAGGUUUUAACUCUACUAGGUUCUGAGACGUUUGUGAUUUGAAGUAGGGCUCCUUCCUCAGUUAGAGACAUGACAUAUUCCCUUGAGUGUUCUGGCUACAACUAUGCAUAUUCUAAAAAUACCGACUUUACCAACUAUCUCUGAGGUCCGCUGACUAAAUAAGCUGUCUGAAAACUUUGCUUGGCUUUGGCAACCCCUUCCUGGUUGAUAAUUCAUGCCAGACCCAGUUUAUCUCUUUCUAUCAAGUCACUUGCCUCCAGGUACCAAACUUUUUAUUCUUUACCUAGGAAUCUCAUUUUCAUAUCUUGAGCCAAAGUUAUAACUUUUGCUAACUUUAGGUCUGCGUGAUGAAUACUAGUCAAAGACAUUGGGGUAAAAAAUCUUUACCUUUGUAGAUAAAUUAAUAAAAAGCACACUGAAUUUUCUCAGCGAGCCAUUGCUAAGUAGGCAUUGUAAAUUUACGGGACUGGAGCAAUAGAACAGCAGGUUGGGUUUGAUCCCUGGCACCCCAUAGGGCCCCCUGAGCACUGACUGCCAGGAGUGAUUACUGAGCACAGAGCUAGGAGCAACUUCUGAGUACCACCGGGUAUGGUCCAAGCCCCACUCCCACCAAAAAAGUGCAUGAGGCCGAUCGAUUCCUCCAUCCCUCGCAGAGAGCCUGGCAAGCUACCAAGAGUAUCCUGCCCGCAUGGCUGAGCCUGGCAAGCUCCCCAUGGCGUAUUUGAUAUGCCAAAAACUGUAACAACAAGUCUCACAAUGGAGACGUUACUGGUGCCCACUUGAGCAAAUUGAUGAACAAUGGGAUGACAGUGACAGUGACGGAUUUACAGACAUCUUUUAAUGCCUAAGAUAAUUACCUUGGAUUUCUCUUUUUCUAAACUAUGUGUUUAGAAAACUAUGUGUUUAAAAAACUAUAUGUUAUCUCAAAUACUAAAUAUAACUCAGAAUAAGAAACAGAACUGUCUAUAGUAUACCAGAAUGUUCUGUGAAGUGAUAGACUUUCAGGAAACUGACCAUACAGGCAAAGAUGGGCGAUUUUUGGAAGAGGAACAUGACCAACAUGAAACAUACCUGCUUUUUCACAUUUAUUUGGUCACCUUCACUUUAUAUCUGUGAAUGUGUGAAAGAUGUCAAGUAUAGCUUUUCCCUGCAAAGUUAAAUGUAAGAUUAUACUUAUAUUAUACAUCAAACCAAUAUUUUCAUUAUUCUAUUUGUACCAUUAUCAUGCUUUUGUUGGUAGACUUUUUGAAAAUAUAUAUUAUGGUUUUUUUUUAGAUUUUUACACACUAGAAGUGAAUAUAGUUUGGUCAUGUUUUUAAUGUUAUUUCUAGGAGUCUUCUGAUUCUCUUAUCACAUAUCUUUCUUUUUUUUUUUUUUUUUUUUUGCUUUUUGGGUCACACCCAGCGAUGUUCAGGGGUUACUCCUGGCUCUGCACUCAGGAAUUACUCCUGGCGGUGCUUGGGGGACCAUAUGGGAUGCCGGGGAUCGAACCCAGGUCGGCCGCGUGCAAGGCGAACGUCCUACCCACUGUGCUAUCGCUCCGGCCCCUCACAUAUCUUUCUUAUUUAGAAGUACAAUUUCACUUAGCAUUUAGGAAAGCAAGGGUAGAUGGGAUGAUAAGAACAUGAGGCAGAAAGUCAGAUAUGACAUAUAUCUUUAUUCAUAACAUACAGUUCACAUUUUAAAGCACAUAUUUCUUUAUUUCAAAAUAUCUAAAAUUGAUUAUGAUAACUUUUCCAUACAAUCACAAAUUGGUCUAAGGACACAUGGUAGGUAAAGUUGAAAAGAACAGCUCAUAUUUUCAUUCUUGAUACAAUUUAAAGUUAAGGCUGCAAUUGAUGGAGUGACUGUGGUUAUUCCCUCUAAGGCAAACCUCUAUGUGCAGUGGUUAGGAAUUAGGUUCUUGGAAAAACAAAAAUGUUUUAUGAGAGUGAACUAUGUAUUCACUAUGUUGACUCUUAACCUGAGCUUAUAAUUUGUUCUCAAUAAAUGGAGAUUUCUUAAAAACAUUUUUUCUUUUAAAUUGACACAAAUGAUCACAUCAGUAUUUUCAUCAUUAAAAUGUUGUUACAGUAAGUUAAUUAAACAGACAUUUUGGUAACUGUUUAAAAUAUGGUGUUCUUUGGAUUGAAAGAGAACUAUCACUGUUGACACUGUGACAUUUUAAAGUAUGGUGAGUAAGAAAAUAGUUACUUAUAUAACAUAUUAUAAUAUAUGACAUAUGCUUUGCUAAAGAUUCUAGCAAUUAUACUUGGAGCACAGUUUCAUUAGUGUUAAUGGUUUUAUUUUCUGAUGAUUGGUCAGUUGACAUUUUAAUUUAGAUGUAUUCUGAAUUAAAUACAAUUAUUUCAUGUAGUGUACAAACGAGCAUUAAUUUUUGAAAGAUAUAAAUGCUUAUCUUAAAUUAUUUUUAAUAUUGCUAACAUUAAUUUUUCAUCUUCUUCCCCAAAAGAAAACACUGCAUAAAUUAAAAGACUUUUUUUCUCAGGUGAAUAAUUUUUUUAUAUCAGCUAUUCUUAUAAGGUAAAAGUUUACUUAUUUUUAUUCAUAACGUGUUAAAUGUAAGUAAUUUUCAGUGCUAUAUUUUAAGCAGAAUAAAUAUUAGCAACUAGCUUUAAGAAUUGAAAACUGACAACAACCCUUCAUUUUGUAUAUUGAAAUGGAUUAUUUGUUCUUUAAUAUUGAUAAAUAAUGAGCACUCAUAUUAGAAAUUGAACUGUAUGUCAGUAAUUUUUAAAAUACAUAAGGGGUAUUCUAAAGUGUAGAAGAAACUGACAGUUACUUACAUUUUAACUCAUCUUGCUGUUUUAAACUUAAUUUAGGUAUAGGUCUUUGUAUCAAAUCUAUUUUGUGAAAUGAAGUACUUUGACUUAUGUUUUAUUAUAUGUAUUUAACAGGUGAAGUCAUUCCCAAAUAUUUGAUGCUACAUUUUUACCAACCUUAUUAGAAUGUCUCAAUGUAUUUGCCUAUUCUAAACUUUUAUUGAAAUAAUAUUGGUUUGAAAUAUUAAAUGAGUUUCAGGCACAACCUUGUAAUUCAGCGUCUGUGCAUAGUGUCAGGAUCACCUCGGAAAAUCUACUUUUCCUCCACCACCAUAUGGUUGAUCCUCUUUACACACUUUUUUCCCUUUCCCUGCUGGUUACCACCAUUUUGUUCUUGCUAUCUGUUGCUUUGUUUUGUUCAUGUAUUUUAUCUUCCACAUUUGAGUGAGAUCAGAUGUCUUUCUCCAUCUGAUUUAUUUGACUUAGAAUAAUGUCUUCUAGGUCCAUCUAGGUUUGCAGAUAGCAAGAUUUAAUGCACACCCACAUACACACAUGUUCCUGAGUUGUAUUCUGUUUGUACAUAUACUACAUCUUUAUUUAUCACCUUUUAAUGGACACUUUGGUUGUUCCCCUAUCUUGAUUAUGAAAAAAUUGUUGUGGUCAAACUAGGGUGUUUGACAACCUCUUUGAAUUAAUGUUUUUGUAUUCUUCAGGUUAAUAUAUGGAAUUGGAAUAGAUGGAUCAUAUAAUAUUUUUAUUGCUAAUAUUUUAUGUACUUUCCAUGAUAGUUGCAUCAUUUGUAUUCCUGCUAAUAAUGUCUGAGGGUUUCUUUUUACCCCCAUUCUCAGCAACAUUUUUUUUUGUUUUGAAGGACCAGAAGUAGAGGGGUUUGUUUCUUUAUAUAAGCUAUUAUUACAGGUGUGACAUGAUACCAUUGUAGUUUUGACAGUAUUUCCCCAAUGAUACAUGAUGAUAAACAUUUAUUUACGUGAUUCUUAACCUUUUGCAUCUGUUCUUGGAGAAGUGUCUAUUCAGAUCUAUUUUUAAAUCGGGUUGUAUUAUUAUUGAGUUGUAUACGUUCUUCAUUUGUUGUCUGAGUGCUUUUUGAAUCAUGCAUAUUAAUCCUUUUUCAUAUGCAAGAGGCAAAUAUCUUAUACUAUUCAAUAGGUUGCCCUUUUGUUUUUGUUUUUCUGAUGAUUUGCUGUGCAGACACUUGGUACCGUGUUUCUAUCUUGUUUAUAUCAGUUUUCCUCCCUGCUGUUGGAGUCAAAUCCUCAAAGACAUCUAACGAGUGAUAUUAAAGAACUUAAUGAGUGUGUUUUUUCCUCUGUGUAUUACAUAAUUUCAGGCCUUACAUUAAAAUAUAUUUUGAAUUAAUA